AAAGGAGAACUGUAUCUCGGUAGUUAUUGGUAACGUUGUGAUUCAGUGACAAAGUUUAUUUAGGCUUUGUAAAAAAAAAAAAAAAUCAACAAUUACUAUUCAGUGGAUGGUUAAUUAUACUGUCGUUGAAGUACGUGUUGAGGUUGUUCGGGGAAUUAUACUUUACUCCGAAGAUCUUAAACAGCUCACAAGAAACGGUCAACAUGAAUGUUUUAGUGGCUAACGUUAGCAUUAGCUAUGUUUGCUAACUGCAGUAUCUCAAUGUUGUGGUAGUCUCCUGAUAACAGUGUUGUAUGAUAGGUCCCUGAUUAGUAGGUUAGCCAGGCAGGUCGCUAAGAAACAAACUGUCUACACUUAUACUAAAGAGCAUCAGUUCCAGUGCCAAAAUGUCCUUCAAAGACGAUACUCGUAUCCUGGUUUUGGAGGAACAAGUCAAGAGUUUAUCAGACGAGCUGAUGCAAUGCCAGGCAGACAAAGAGUUUGUGUGGUCUCUAUGGAAACGCCUGCAAGUGGCAAAUCCAGACUUGACCCAGGCUGUUAGUUUGGUGGUUGAGCGUGAGAAGCACAAAGCUGAGAUUAAGGACAGGAAAGUGUUGGAGAUCCUUCAGACCAAAGAUUACAAGAUACAGGAGAUGGAACAGAAAGUGGCUGGGCAGCAGCAGGAGAUUAACAGCUUGGUGCAGAGGAGGACGGCAGUGGACGAGGAGUGUGCCUUAAUGAAGAGGGAGCUGACAGCUCUGCAUGAGCAACUGGUCGAUAAGAGCCAGGAACUUGAGGAAAUGAAGACAGAGUGUAGGAGGAAUGAGAAGGAGCUGCAGGCUCUAGAGGAAGAGAAACAGGGAUUAACAUCCUGCUGUGCUGCUCUGCGAGCUGACCUGGAGGAGAAGGAGAGGCAGGCCAACAGCCACCGAGACCAGAGGGAUGCUGCCCAGGCCAGAGUCAAGGAAUUGGAAGUGGAGCUACACAAUGCCUGCCAAGAGCUUUCUGGCUUGCAGAGACACAGUAGGAGUCUGGCAGUUCAGCUUUCUUCCAAAGAGAGGGAGGUCGAAGAAAAAGAGGGGCAACUUGGGCAACUUCGUGGUGAGUUUGCAGAAGUGCAGUCCCUGUAUAGACAGAGCACAGAGCAUGCAACAGAGCAGAGCCAUCUGAUCAAGCAAUUGGAAGGACUGAACCUAGACACACAGAGAGUCCUGAGGAACCAAGAGGAGGCACACACUGCUGACACCACCUCCUAUCAAAAGCUGUACAAAGAGUUGAGUCAGUGCUACCAGGCCCUUGUGUCUAGCGAGGCCAGUCUCCGUCAGAGUCACCAGCAACUCAGCAGCCAGCUGGCUCAGAAAGAUCAAUACAUCCUCCAACUCCAGUCCCAGCUACAACAGCAGCAGCUGGAGCAAAUACAUCUGCAGCAAUGGCAACAGCAGCUACAGGCUCCACAGACAACCCUUGACCCCUCACCAAACAGACAAACCAACUUCAAGGCAGUGGUGUCAGAGCAGGCUGAUGCUGCAGCUCAGAGGUCUAGCCCUAACUCUGACCAGGUCUCCACCCAAGGCUUAAAUCCCAGGUCAAUGGACAGGGCCCUUCAGCACAGAUCCACCAGUUCUGUCAAAAGACAACAGUCCCAGGGUGCACAUGUGCAGCGGUCCAGGUCUCUGUCCCCAGCCAGCAGUGUGGAAUUGGGUAGUGGGAGGAGGAGGAGAGCAGAUCAGAGGAUUCAAGACCUUGAGGAGCUGCUGCAUUUGAAGAUGGAGGAGAAUGAAGAGCUGAGGAGGGCUCAUGAUAAACGUCGUGAACGCCUGUGUCUCAUUCACACCAACUACAAGACAGUCCGAGACCAGCUGAAAGAGAUGGAAAAGUCAAGUGGCUUACGAGGUGGAAGGAUGCAGCGUGCAGAGCCAUGGCAGUUGAGGCAAGAGAACAGUGAUGCGGUGUGGAAUGAGCUGGCCUACUUGAAAAACCUCACCAGGAAACUCUCCACUGAAAAAGCUGGCCUGGAAGAGGAGCUGGACAUGCUGCGGGUCCAGGCUGCUAUGGACCGGGCCACGGUGAAGGAGCUCCACCUGUGUCUUGCUAAUGAGCACCAAGAAUUGCUUCACAAAGUGGUAGCGGAGCGCCAGGUCAAAAGCAGCACUCCGAAGUCUUCUGUUUCUUCAGAGCGAAUGGAACAGUCAUUUAAAAAGAUUGAGCAGCUGGAGCAGAGGAUGAUGUCCCUAAAGGAGGAGACAGAAAGGCUGAGGGAAGAGAAAGAGCAACUGCUUGAGGCCAAUGAAGACUUGGCACACAACUGCCACAGACUCCAAGCUUCCUUGGAUCACCUGCAAACCCAGGAAGCUGUCUGUGAAAAUGCAGCUCAGGCCCAGGCCCUGGCCCGUGAGGAGCAGCAUCGCAACGAGAUCAUGGCUCUAGAAGCUCAGGUUGCUGCUUCUCAGAAAGAGGCUACCAAGGUUCAUCAGCAGUUGCUGAAGCUUAGACAGGAGCUGGGGAUUCUCAGAGCAGCCAGGGACUUCUAUAGGAACCGUGCAGCAGGACCAGUGCUGAAAUUAGCAGGCGGGAUUGCUAGCAGCAUUAGCAGCAAGGUCAAAUUCAAGACAGCAAGACUCAGAGGUCCUCUACGUCUGUGUAGCCACCGAACAGUCAGUCCCAAUCAAGCCAUCAUCUGGCAAGGCCGCAGCCCCAGUCCCAGUAAGGACGAGUGGGAGGACCUGAGUGUAGAUGGUGACAGUGGAGAGGAGUACUCGGACAGUCUCAACAGUGUGCCCUCAGGGACAGCAUCUUACAGACUACAUGCCAACAGAAAGUCCUACAGGUGUUCACUGAUUUCAAAUGCAGAAGUACCAGCAGCAAAAUCUAAAAGUGUUCUGGCCCAAGACAACAAACAGCAUGAGCAUUGGGAACAUGGGAAGAGAGGAGAGAAAAGGAGGUGGAGAAGGAAGGGGAUGCUGAUGAAGACCCAGCACUGCUCCUCCUCUUCUCUUCAGCAGCGCAUAGAGUCCUUACAGCGUCACAUUGACAUACUGCGAAGUGCCAGGAAGGAUGCUGUGCUCUCAGCCAGAGAGCUGCGAAAGGCCAAUGAGACGAGCACGGCACAACUGAACUCCCUGACUGAAAAGCUCUGCAGCAGCAAGCAGCUCAUACAGAAGCUGACCUCUGACCUGGCUGGUGUGGAGCAGCAGAAAAAGGUUCUGGAGAUGGAAGUAGAGCAAUGGAGGCAGAUCACGUUCCCCCAGCAAAAUGCACCACCACCAACAGCACCAGUAAGCGCAGAGUGCUCCUGCCAGGGCAGAACCAUGCCCACCCCAGCUAACCCUGCCCCUGAGGCCCUGGAGGCUGAGAUCAAACAACUUCAAGCCAAACUUAAGAGUGCAAGUGCGGAGGUCACAAGGCAGGUGGCAGCUAACAAAGCCCUGCGAGGCCAACUUCAGGAGAAGGACGACAAGCUCUGUCAGCUGCAGGAUAAGGCAAGCCACACAGAGCGGGAUGUUAAUAUGAAAAGGCAGCUGGUAGAGGACCUGAAGACGAGACUUAAGUUUCUCCAGGAGAUGGAGAAAAGUUACAGAGGACAGGUGGAGGAGCUGGAGAAGAAGGUGAAGACUUUAUCAGAAGAGGCCACCAAUAGGAAAGCCCUCAUUGAUUCUCUAAAGAGAAGACUGAAUGUGGCGACCACAGAGAAAAACCAGUGUGAGGUCUCCUCUAGGAAACUGAAAGAGGACCUGGAGAAAAAGGAGCAGCGUAUGCAUGCCUUACAGGCUCGUUUGGUAUCCAGUGAGCAGGCUUUGGCUGUACUAGAACAGACGGCCACUGAGCAAAUGGAGGGGCUGACCCAGCAGAGCUCCCAUGUCUUGGAGAGGCUUCAGAGACAGCUAGGCCAGGCCUGCUCUCAACUGGAGCAGCUUCAUUCUUUCAUCAAGGCCCUGGCCAGUGAAAUACUUAUAGACAUUCAAGAGGUCAAGCAGCAGUUGAUGAAGAGGAGGAGGUUGAGGCAGGCCAGCACUGUGGCAGGAAAGGGUGCCUUCUCAGCCAAGUCUAUGAUCAAAGCCAAGUCCAUCGCUGCUUCUAUUCUCAAUAUGUCAGAGAAUGAUCUCGAAGACAUAAUGGACACUGAUCAGGUGACAGAGGCCCAUUCAGAGAGUCUAAGAGACCAGGAGUGGCUGGACCAUCUCAACCACAUCCUCCAGCAGAAGAUCCCCUCUGCUGGCCAGCUAAUAGAAGCAGUGCGCGUGAAGAUGAAGGAGAGGAAAGUGCUGACAGAAGAGCUGGCCACGCUCGCAACACCAGUCAGCGAAAAAGCCUGACUCCCUGGGCUGAGGCUGGGAAAACUGUCAUCCUCUUCUUUUUCUCCCUCCCUUCUUCUCUCGCUCCCCAGUUCGUACUCAGUGGGAGCUGGACUGAGCCAGGCUUAGCCGGGGCAGCAGAACCAAUGUUUGUGAGAAAAGCGCUGUCGACUCACUCUGGGCCACUGGCGCAACACAGCAGCCCAGCUUUUCUAAAUGAGCCCUCGACAUCUGUGUUAGCGCUGAGUGCACUACGUCUAUCAGACAGGGCCCUUUAGCACCAAGCUAAUUUAUAGUGCAGCCAGUCUCCCCUACUCUUAACACAGACCUGGGGCGAUAAUACAGAUGCUUACACUAAUGUUUAAGUUAGGUUUUUGAAAAUGUUUUUUUUUUUUUUACUUUCUUCCCAAUUUAUUUGGCACCUCUGGGACCUUAGGAUGCAGGGACUUGACCUAGCAAUGCUAAGUCGGCACAUUGAGAAAGUAUAUCGCAGAGCAGAAAAUUCACUGUAAGGCGUUAGAUUUGUUUAUGAGAUCUGAUACUACACUGCUCUCAGGAACUCUAUUCAUUGUUCGAAGUAUUUCUGAAGGAAAAUAACAGGAUGCUUAAAAUAAGUUUUGUUCAGUUAAUAACUUAUAAGGCAAUUGUGUAAACUAUAGAUGAGUUUCUUCCAAAAAUCUCUUCUUAAAUAAA